GAAUGUUUUUUGGGUGAUAAGCCAAGACACACGUCGGCGCACAAUAGGUGGAUUCUCCAGUUAUCUUCACCUUCACACUCCAUCUGUGGGCGCCGCGAGUUACCUUCUCACGCUACCAUCCCAAUCUAACGGGACCGAAGAUCCGGGAGUCUGUGGGUCAGCCUCCACACAAGAGUGCAUCAUUACCGUGCCAACGACGGCUGAGAUCGGAAUGUGAAGACAGUUACACAAAACCGCCCGCGGAACGUGAACGUCGUACCUUAGUCUUUAGCGAAGGGACCGAGAGACGCAUACCGUGGACAGUGCUUGAGAGGUUUCAUGUUUUACGCACGCCGCUGGACCACACUUUCACCUCGCGACCGGUUACGUUGUGUACGAAUUGCUGGCCCCAUGCGGUGACCUAAGAUCGCUCCAAUUCGUAACCAUUACACAACCCGUCGAUCACCGCUGGCCUAAACACAUAGCACGGCCCAAGUAGUAUACGCACGGACCAGCAGUAACCUUUCGGCUUAAGUUUUUGUCAAAGGUGCCACCAAACAGCCAUCGUAAGACACUGCCAUCAUCGAACCCUCGGCUGCUGAUAUUUCUUCUCCAAGCGACAACCUGUCUACCAUGGGUGCAGAUCAGGAGGGCGCGAAAAAAACCAUUCGCGUUGGAUCGCGCAAAAGUGAGCUGGCCCUCAUCCAAACGAAACACGUCAUCGCCCUGCUGCAGAAGCUCCAUCCGGAUGUGGUUUACGAAAUUCAUACAAUGACCACGGUUGGCGAUCGUGUGCUUAACAAGUCUCUGCCGAAGAUUGGUGAAAAGUCGCUUUUCACCAAGGACCUCGAGGACGCCCUUCGGACCGGAGGCGUCGAUUUCGUCGUACACUCACUGAAGGAUCUUCCGACGGCCCUGCCGCUUGGAAUGGCUAUCGGUGCGGUGUUGGAACGAGAAGAUCCGCGAGAUGCACUCGUUCUUAACGAAAGACACCGGGGGCGCACGCUAGCCACUCUUCCGCGGGGUUCUGUCAUCGGAACGUCCUCGUUACGGCGGUCGGCCCAACUCUCCCGUUAUCACCGCCAUCUGGUCGUGAACGAUAUUCGAGGUAAUCUCAACACGCGGCUUGCUAAACUGGACGCAGAGUCGUCAAAGUUUGCGGGCAUCAUCCUGGCGCAAGCUGGCCUUGUGCGGAUGGGUUGGGACCAGCGAAUAGAUCAAGUGAUCGAACCAGACGAGAUUUUGUACGCCGUUGGGCAGGGUGCGUUGGCUGUUGAGUGCCGCUCGAACGAUUCGUACAUUCUGGCAAUGUUGGCCAAGCUGUGUCAUCUCGAAACGCAGUGUCGAAUUCUGACCGAACGCAGCUUUCUGCGGACGCUCGGCGGUGGCUGUAGUGCUCCGGUUGCCGUUCGGACUGCACUGAAACGUCAGAAUGUAAGUCAGCAGGAUGGUGGUGAUGCGACGGCGGAUGGAACACGCAAACGAUCAUCGGACAAGAGCGACGAUUCCACAUUCCAGCUGCAUGUCGAGGGUGCCGUGUGGAGUCUCGAUGGCGAAACUGAAAUACGGUCAAAGGGCGAGUGUGAAUUAGAUCUGUCAGCACCGGGUCACUCCGAAGAAACGCCACCGAAGAAGCUGAAACUAACGGAAUCGCCCUCGGUACUGGAUAGUGGUAACGGAAAGGGAAACAAUGCAAAAGGCAGUCCAGCUGAGUGUCCGAUCGAUCACCAAGAGGGGAAAAGAAAAAGUCCUGAAAUCAUUGCCGACAACGACGUAUUGUUGCUGCCUGGAUGCUCAAAAGAUGGGUCGCGCUUGAAUUUAAGCAAGUUCAUCGACAUCCAUGGCGAGCUGUUUAAAAAGUGUCCUUACUCGUCGCAACUGACGAAGAUUGUGUCAGAAGCGAAGAAGGCCGAUAGCAACGGAAACAAUCUGCAACCCGAGGGAGAAUCGAAACCCCGGAAAGUGGAAGAACCAGAUUUGUGUCCCAGUGCGCUGUUCCCGGUUGGCCAGGAGGUCAUGGGUGAUUGUCCGUUCGUUAGCACCGAAGAAAAGGUGGAUAUGCUGCUGGCAGGUGCGAUAGGUGCCGGCUGUCCGAUGGCCAAACCGAAGCCAGUGGAGAAAAACGAACAGGCGGUCGACAACGGUGUCGUUGAAGGAAAAGAGUCAAGUGUAGCGACACCGCUGGACAAAUGCCCAUUUCUGGCAGCCAAAGUGCUGGAUUACAACGAAAAUCUGGACGGGAGACAUCUCGGGCCGGAACCAACGCUGGAGGAUAACAGCGACCUGCUGUUCUGUGGAAUGCACCGGCACUCGUCCGUCAAGCAAACCGUUUUCGAACGGUGUGAAAAGCUUGGUUACGAUCUGGCUCAUGACCUCAUUGCGAGAGGAGCACUAGCGGUGAUGAAGUGCGCGCAGAACGAAAUACACUCGAAGGUGGUAACCUAGAGCAGCCGUGGUGACCACCACUUAGUUCCUAGAUCAAUCCCCUCUAAGCGGUGCUCUCAUGUUGAUUUUCUUAUUAUUAUUUUUGCUUGUUUUCUCUCUUGUUAAAUCGGAAAAAGGUUGAUCAAAAAGGGAUCAAUUUUUGUCCAGAUGGACAUUUUUGCAAUAAAUCAAUGUUAGGAAAUG